AUGGUGACCGAAAUGGGUUCAACGGCGAUGGCAACAACAGCUUUGUCGGACAAAGUCGCGAAGAGUUUCCUUGAGGCCACGGAGAAAGAGAAACAAGAUCUGCAGCACUUAAACGGCCGCCUUGAAAACUACAUUGGUCGGGUGAAGAGAUUGGAGGAUCAAAAUAGAAGACUCGUCGAAGAGCUGGAUCAAUUGCGCGGUCAAUGGGGAAAAGACACCUCAGCUAUCAAGGUGAAAUAUACUGAUUCUCUGUCGAAAGCUCGAAAGGACAUCGAUGAUGCGGCGAGACAGAAAGCCGAGAUUGACGUGAAAGUGGCUCGUUUGAGAGACGAUUUGGAUGAAUAUAGAGGACGAUACGACGAGCUUCACAGUCGACAAGAAAGCGAAAAGGGAAAGUACCAGCAAUGGACAAGUGCGAUUGCUGAUGCACAAAAUGAGCUUGAGAUGCUUAGAGCCAGAUACAAGCAGUUGAACGACGAAGAGAAACGACUCAACGGGGAAAAUGCUCGACUCUGGGAUGAAGUGCAGAAAGCGCACGCCGAUUUGGACGAAGAAACGACUGGCCGAAUCGGUUUCCAAGAUCAAGUUCAGACUCUAAUGGAAGAACUCGAGUUCCUUCGCAGAAUUCACGAACAAGAGAUCAAGGAAUUGCAAUUCUUGUUGUCCCAGGCUCCGGCGGAAACUCGGGAGUUCUUUAAGAACGAGUUGGCUUUGGCGAUUCGUGACAUCAAGGACGAGUACGAGUUCAUCGCGACUCAAGGCAAACAAGAUAUGGAGAGCUGGUACAAGCUCUGGGUUUGUGCAAUAUUGAAAAUAUGGAUUCAUGGGUCUCUGAAGUGCAAUCGUCCGCAAAACCGCGUGGUUUCCGAGGGCGGACAUCAGCGCGAAGAGGUAUCUCGAAUGCGUCACAGUAUGGCUGACAUGCGCGGAAAACUCGGCGAUUUGGAGGAGAAGAACGCUCGUCUUGAGAAAGAAGCACAAACGCUCCAUAGUCAAAGAGUUGCGCCGACUGAGAGAAGAGUCACAAAGAUUUCAUAUCGAGCUCCAGGAGUUGUUGGCUACCAAACAAAUUCUGGACGC